AUGUCAUCAGAGCAUAUAGACCAGUUUGAUUCUAUUGAGGAUACAAUCAUAGAUUUUAAAAAUGGGAAAUUUAUUAUAGUCCUUGAUUCGCAAGACCGCGAGAACGAGGGCGACUUGAUCAUUGCUGCAGAGUCAAUCACAGCGGCUCAGAUGGCAUUUUUAGUUCGUUACACUAGCGGCCUAAUUUGUGCUCCUAUCACUGUUGAACAUGCCGCUCGACUUUUGCUUCCUCAAAUGGUCACCGCAAAUGCCGAUCCCAAAGGCACAGCAUACACGAUUACCAUUGACUCAAACGACUCGUCCAUUACAACAGGGAUAUCAGCACAUGACCGCGCUCUGACCUGUCGCAUGUUGGCAUCUCCUAGCGUUUGUGCAAACCAGCUUCGGCGGCCAGGUCAUAUAAUCCCACUACAGGCAAGGCCUGGUGGUGUUUAUGAGCGCCAGGGUCACACCGAAGCAGCAAUAGAGUUUUGCAAGCUAGCAGGGAAAAGUCCUGUUGCUGUUAUUGCAGAGCUGGUGGAAGAUGGGGAGCCAGUGUGGGGAGUUCCGGAGAUAAACGAGAACAACGGGAUGUUGCGUCGGGACGGAUGUUUGAAGUUUGCAAAGCGGUGGGGAAUCAAAGCAUGCACGAUUGAAGAUUUGGUGGCCUACUUGGAGAAGACAGGAAAUAACAUGAACGGAGAUAAAUAG